AUGCGUUUCACUAUCAUCUUCGUCUCCACUAUCCUCGCCGCUCUCAACCCCGUCACCGCCUUCGGUGUCUCUGCCUGGACAGGCUCUGCAUGCAGCGGCGUCGAAGUCGGUUCCAUCGAGGAUGAUACCAACCCUGCCGGGCUCACCGCUGCAGAAUCUACUCCCAACGCACUUUGCGUCCACUUUGACUCCGCUCUGCCCGCCAACUGCGACGUCUAUCUCUGCGCGGAUGCGGCCUGCAACGACCAGGGCGAGACUGUGGAGGGACCGAAGGAUGCGGGCACGAGGCUUGAGAACCAGAGCUUUGAGGGCAUGCAGGUCGGGUGCCAGUAG